ACCGCGAAGAAGGAAGGCGCGCCACUCAGAUGUAAAUAUAAACACAUGUGAAAUAGUUGCAACUGCACAAAAAUGUCGAUUGUCUUUGUACCAAAGAAACUCCGGGGAAAGGCAAAAGUCAACCAAGAAACAAUACAAAGGCUGCUGGAUGAAAACGACCAGCUUAUACGAUGCAUCACAGAAUACAUGCAGAAAGGACGCGCUGUUGAGUGUGUCCAAUACCAACAGAUCCUGCACCGCAACAUUGUUUAUCUAGCAACCAUAGCUGAUGCUAGCCCUGACAACAUUCCUCCCUCUACAAACUGUACAUCCAGUGAAGUUUCAACAUCUGCAAUGAAUGGACAUGAAGUAACACACUGAUUAAUAAGAAAAUGUUUAUUUUUACACCGCAACUUUCAUGUGUAAACUCACAAGCCGUUUUCAAAAUGUAUUAUUUAACAGA